AUGGCAUCGACACCCGUAAUCGUACGCAGCACGAACUCUACCAAAAUACCCCGCCCUUUGCUGACGGCGUUCAACCUCUCGGCCAGUGUCCGUUUCCCUGACGGUCCUUACGGUAGCGUGCAUGCCAAGCGGUUGCUGGAGGAUCUCAAAUCCACGCUAGGUGAAGAGCGAGCGAGCCCUCCCAUUCCUACAUCGAUGGGAGUAAAGAUGGCGAGUGCAGUUGGUACACUGGUGACUUCACUACACUCGUACGGUCAAAACACGGGCGGGCUUUCCAGUGGUUAUCGUCAAAAAGCGAGGUCGUUCGAAUUAUAUGCUAUCAUGGCAUAUCUCGAGACUCGCUUUCCUGCAUUGGAAUCCGGGCAACCCCGCGAAAAGGAGCGCCGAGAAUAUGAAAUUCUUCAGCUCGCACUAGCGGAUAAUAACGUUGUGAAGAGCUCAAAGGAUGGAAGGGACAAGAUCAUUUCCACUGUCCGAGAAUACCUCUCCAGACGUCAGUGGACAGAGAUAACCCCCGAAUUGGCGCACGAUCUAAUGGAGAGGGUGCAAUCGAAAGAGAAUACUCCCGGUAAGAUUUCCAUGGAAUAUGGCAUUGGGGGUGAGUCUACAUGGGUUUCAAAAAAUCGUAUUGGGAACCCUUUCGCAUCACCAAAGCUCGGGGCACUGGUGGGAUAUAUCGGUGAAUACAAUAAGCAACACCAUACGUCCUGGACAUUGCUCGACGUAUUUAUCGCAGGCUACAGAGGCGAAGCAAAAGUCGCAGGUAUGUUGUCGCUGGCACGGCUCAGCUGUAUCUACGGUCGUGAAGCGCAGCAAAUGGAAAAGGAGCUGUUUGAAAUGUGGCUGAGAAAAGGAUUGAAAAUCGUUCAGGUUGUCAACAUCCUAUUGACACAGAUUACAAAUGACCGUCCGUGGCUAUACAUAGUGAAGGAUCCCUUGAAGAGGUACAUUUUGGCCUUCUCUCAGAAAUAUUCUGCACCGGAACAAUGUACUGCCAAGAUUCUGAACCUUUUAAAGACUGACGUAUUUAGUUCCAAAGAGCUGUUGAUCGAGGCGCAAGCGGCGGAAAGAGAGAUCGAGGAUUUCGUGUUAAAGGCAAAGAAAAGCGUCUCAUGA